CACUUGUAUCCAUAAUAAAACAGUUUUUACCACACUCUUUCUUGAUCUCAGACAGGAAUAUAGGAUUCCAAAAUGGGCUGGAAUAAAGGGUCACUACUGUUUGCUCUUUUGKUGUUUGGGAUCAAUGGUUCAACCAGUUUACCAGACCGCGAAGACCACAACGUGGAAAGAGAGGAAGAUUUUUCCAAUGAAAAGCGACAAUCUGUCCCUAAAGACGAUUUAGUCAUUGACUUUGAAGAUCAGACGGACAAAGACAACUACUUCAAAAUAAAACCAGUCCUUACCGGACAUAGUUACUCCCUGUCUCCCGAUCGAUACAAAAGCGGCAGUAAAUCGCUGAAAUGGGUGUGGCCUUCAUUARCACAACCAAAAGGGGCGAUGCUCACACUCUCCUUUGGCUCAAAACCGAGAGGUGGACGCGAGAUGUAUCGUGGAGGCAUGAAAUUCUGGAUGUACCGUGGAAGUAAAUCGCCGGCAUCGUCAAUGGAGAUCGUCUUUGUAGGCACCGAUAGAGCGAAACGAAUUUCCAAAAGCACGCCAACCAAGGUUAAAUUGUCUUUUAAAGGAUGGCGGGCUGUUUGGAUCCGUUAUAGUGAAUUCCCACAAGGACAGUUCAAUUUACUGACGUUGACAUCGAUUGAAUUUUCAGUCACCUCUUCUGACGCUGAUGAAUUGUACAUCGACUUAUUGCAAGCAGUACAGUCGCUUUCUACACAGACUCGUGAUUUAGUCGUAGAAGCAGUUGGUAAUCCUUCGCCCACUUCUCCACCUUUCUACACAGAAAAAUACUUUUGGCAGCAGUCGCUCCGUUGGUAUAAGUCCAAAACUGCURCACCCCCGACCGUCAUACCCGAUAGAGCUAAGAAGAUCAGUGAUAUCGUUAAAAUUGAAGAUAGACUCGAAAAUUGGUACGCUAGCACGUCACAGGCUGUGAAUUCCCUCGCAAAUAUGCCGGGGAGUGUUGGGUAUGACUUUGAAGGCGCAAAAAAGAGCCGAUGGGAAGACCUCGUGAAGAACAUCAAAAAAGCACAUGACAAUUAUCAGAAAAUCGAUUUCCAGAAAAACCGCCCUCCACUUUUCGCAUACGAGUCAAACUAUGGUGAKAAUAAAAUUAAAAAGGGUGCAAAAGCAAUGUCCAAAUUUGGUGCGUUCAUGACAAAUGUUCUUCUACCACUUUCGAUCGAAUAUAACUUCAUGAGCAGAGAAAAAGAAAAGGGAUAUCUUUCUAAGAUACACUGCCAGGCACUGGUGWCUGGAAAAACAAAGGAAAUGAAUCAUGCCAUAAAGCAAAUUKCUGGAAAAAAUUCAUUUAUGAAGACAAAGUUUGAAAAGAUGGUUGAUAAAGCCAAAACAAGACCAGGAAUUCCCCUAAAUUGUAACGAGACCAACGGACGUAUGACUUCGAUGGARGCUCUUCUUGACGAACUAAACGCUUUCCGUUUUGAAAGAAUUAAAACGCUACUCGAGUAUUUAAAGGAUCAAGGUUGGGCUGAAGGGAGUUCCAGCGGCUCACUUUCAUUCCAGAUGAACAGGUGUGGAGCUGGGUUUAUGCAUUCCAUGUUCUUACUGAGAGCCAAGCUCAGAAAAGACACAAAUCUUCUCGACGAUCUAGUGGGUGCUAUGAAAUGGUACAACGAUUUUAACGAGAUCUACCAAGAUGAUGCUAACUACAUCUACGAUGGAACAACUGCAGAUCGCAUAAGAACAAUCUUUUUUUAUCGAUUGAUGAUUAUAUUGAUAGACAACAGAAAUCAGGACCAACAGAUUACUGAUUUGGACUAUUAUAAAACAUGGGUCAAGCACGCUUUUACUGUCAACAAAGGCCUCGGUGGACUUAUCAAACCGGAUUAUACCGGUUUCCAUCACAAGACGUUCUAUGGGUCAGCAUAUGUCAUUCAAGCCCUCACUAACGGAGCACUUGCGCAAUUCCUUCUUGACGGUACCAGCUUUUCAUUAGAUCAAGUAACCAAGGACAAYAUUCGCAAAACUUUAGGAAUCAUGCGGAUUGUGGCCAAUGUAUACUCGACUCCAAAUGGUAUCAACGGCCGUUUCCCUGGCUAUUACAAAGCCAGUCUGAAAAAAGCCGUCCCAGCGUACGCCUAUAGUUGUUACGUUCAAGCACAAGGAACUAUCCCCGAAGGGGUGGACAGACCCGAGAUGUUUCGCAGACUUUUCGAUACAGAUGAAAUGGACUCGUACCUUAAAGCAGGGAAAAUCAAAUCGGCAAUACAUUACUGGAAUACCAUUGGGGAAGUAGACGUUUUAAGGAAGGCCUCGAAUUAUACUAGCACAUCAACCUGUAAAGCAGAGGAAGCUCCAUCGGGACACUGGAGCAAGAACUUUGCAGCUUUAUCUAUCCAUAGGCGAGAGAAYUGGAGUGUGGCUGUGAAAGGGAUGAGUCAAUAUACUUGGGAUUAUGAAGAUAGUGGAACUGAGAACGUGUUUGGUGUCUUUGCUAGUCACGGAUCCCUUCAAAUAUCGAACAGCGAAAGCGCAUUAAAAGCCUAUGACGUWGAUAACGGUUGGGACUGGACACGUGUUCCCGGUACGACAACAAUCAAGUUGGAAAUAAGUCAAGCUCGAACUAGUAAAGCAAGGAACUACAACUACGAAGGGAAGAUAGCUGGGGGUGUGAGUCUUAUCGGGUCACUUGGUGGAAACGCUCAAAAUGGUGCUUUUGGGAUGAAUUUCAAAAAGCCUGAAUAUAAAAUGGAAGGGAUUUUAAAGGAUACACCCUUAGACAAAGCAACAUUCGAGUUUAAAAAAUCUUAUUUCUUCUACGACCACUUGAUCAUAUGYCUUGGAAGUAGUAUWAAGCUUGAGGGGGUUGACCUCARUACUAACUACGCRCAAACMACMAUCUUCCAAGACAAGCUCYUGGACGCCACCCAAAGCACUAUAAAAGUGGGAGUGAAUAACUAUACCCUGACAACUGGACUUAAACUGGAUAAUGCGCCAAAUCCAAUCCUUGAGGACACAAAUGGGAACGUGUACAAGGUAGAAAAUGGAGAUAACGAGGUCAAAGUGGAAAUUAUUAAGGACCAGAGCUCUAUAAACUCAAACGGCAAAGACAAUACUAAGGGGGACUACGCUGUUGCGUAUUUUAAGCAUAAAAAAUCGGGUUCGAGCAAAAGAUACAGCUACAAGUAUGSCGUACUUGUUGCAGGUGGCGAUAAUUCGUUACUUGAUAAGUACAAAGUUAUUCACCAAAAAUCCAAGGUUCAUGCAAUCGAGAUCGAUAACCCCCCCGGUUUAGAMAAUGGAGCUAAAGUCUAUGGCUAUUCAGUUUUUAGAGACUUCAAAUCCUCGUCCCUCAUWGAAGGACCUGUGAAGAGUGUAAAUUCAAGGUGUAUGAUYAUGGYGGAAAAGACUGACACCAAACUAUAUUUUGCCAUCAGCGACCCUACUGUGAAUCUUGAAGCGGAUGCCGAAAUGGGGACAAAGAAAACAUGCACCGUGYCAGAYAGAAUAGAGUACGAAAAGCCUUUUAAUCCCAGGAAAUCUGAUGAUGUUGGUUCAAAGUUGAUGUUYUGYGUCGAAGGAAAACCWARYACAAARSCAGUWGUGGUCACYUUUAACCUCAAAAUUGAAAAAAUAAACAACGUGACGGUUGAUGGAGAGGCGUCAGUUGAUAUCGGCAAAGARGUGGAAUUAGAUAAUACAUCAAAUCCCCUCGAGUCCACUCUGACCUUCAAAAACCUUGUAAACGGCUUUUCUACCGAAGUUUCAAUGACUGUAACCAGUCAAAGCUCAGUAAUGAUCACGUGA